AUGUGUGAAGGACAGGCACAGCACAGCCUGCAGAGAACACUCAGAGAAGAUGCAGUGGUGCUGACCUCCUGCGACUUUAACCAGGACAGUGAUCCAUUCUGCAGAUUCAGACAGGACAACACAGAUAAUGGUGACUGGACCCGACACAAAGGUCCAACCCCGACACCUGGCACCGGCCCCAGUGGAGACUACCCUGAUGGAAAGGGCUUCUAUAUCUACCAGGAGUGCGACAAUGUGCCGAAUGGACAGAAAGUUCGUCUGCUGAGCCCUGCCCUCUCGUCACCGGCCACUCAGAUCUGCGUCCAGUUUAGAUACUACAUGUAUGGCUCAGACAGUAAGAAUGAGUUAAGGGUUCUGGCUGUGAGGCCCGACGGUGAAGACAUGGUCUGGAAGAAGACAGGCAUACAGAGUCCAUCCUGGCUGAAGGGCUCUGUUACCGUGUCCAAGCCCAGCAGUCAGAGUGUCACUAUUGGGUUCGAGGCUGAGAGAGGCUUCACUGCUUCCUGUGACACAUCUCUGGACAACAUCGUCAUCACUGAAGGAGCAUGUCCCUCGUGUGUGUCUGGCUGUGAUUUUGACACUCUUGGUGACCUGUGUGGGUGGACGAGUCACAUUGAGAAUCCUGACAUGUUUGGCUUUGAACAGUGGAAUGGGCCAACCGACACUGAAGGCACUGGCCCUGAUGAUGACUUCUCCAAACCUGGAUUGGGCGCCUACAUGUUGAUGGAUUCCUUUGAGGCUGUCCCUGGAGUCCAGUCUCAGAUCCGAAGUCCUGUAAUAACCCCCACCUCUGGAUGUCUGGACCUCACCUUCCACUACUACCUCUAUGGCACCAGCGCUAACAUGGAGAUCAGUGUCCACACCAUGACCGCAGGUGGAGGCCUUGGACCUGCUCUCUUCACUGUCAAGGGUAACCAGGGUCAAAGCUGGAAGCCUGCAGAGGUCCAGUACUUGGGAACGGCUGCCAUACAGUUUGUGAUUGUUGGUACCUAUGGAGAAACUCAUCAAACAGAUAUUGCUGUUGACGCGGUGUGUGUAAUGGCCUGCAAAGCUCAGCCAACAACUCCUCUACCACCGGUUAACCCAACAACACCAAAACCAACGACACCCAGGCCAACAACACCAAAUCCAACAACACCUAAACCAACAACGCCAAAUCCAACAACACCAAAACCAUCAACACCCAGGCCAACAACACCAAAUCCAACAACACCUAAACCAACAACGCCGAAUCCAACAACGCCCAAGCCAACAACGCCAAAACCAUCAACGCCCAAGCCAACAACGCCAAAACCAACAACGCCAAAUCCAUCAACGCCUAAACCAACAACACAAAAUCCAACAACGCCCAAGCCAACAACACCAAAACCAACAACGCCAAAUCCAACAACCCCAAAACCAUCAACUCCCAGACCAACAACGCCAAAUCCAACAACUCCAAAUCCUUCAACGCCAAAGCCAUCAACACCCAAGCCAACAACACCAAAACCAACAACGCCAAAUCCAACAACCCCAAAACCGUCAACGCCCAAACCAUCAACGCCAAAUCCAACAACGCCAAAGCCAUCAACACCCAAGCCAACAACACCAAAACCAACAACUCCCAGACCAACAACGCCAAAUCCAACAACUCCAAAUCCUUCAACACCAAAUCCAACAACGCCAAAACCAUCAACGCCAAAUCCAACAACGCCAAAGCCAUCAACACCCAAGCCAACAACACCAAAACCAACAACGCCAAAUCCAACAACCCAAAACCAUCCUUGUCCUCCUGAUGCAGAGUAUAUAGACUGUGGUCCAGCUUGUAUCCCCACCUGUAUGGAACCCUCCACCAACUGCACUGGGUCCUGUAUCACUGGCUGCUUCUGCAAACCAGGCUAUGUCUUCAAGGGACGGCGCUGUGUUCCACUGGAGAAAUGUGGCUGUCUGGAUGAGCAUAAUAACUAUUACGAGCCUGGCGAGAUUAUAUUUGGAGAUGGCUGCUCAAAGCUGUGUCGCUGUGCAGGGAACUACACUUUGGAAUGUGUUGAUAACUCCUGUGAACCCACUGAAGAAUGUCGCGAGGUCAACGGUGUUGCAGGCUGCUAUCCUAAAGGUACAUCCACAUGCAUAGCGUCUGGUGAUCCCCACUACACAACCUUUGACAAACGCAAGUACAACUUCAUGGGGAACUGCAGCUAUCUGAUGUCUGGUCCCUGCAAUACAACCAAUCUGCCAUACUUCGAGGUCCAUGCCGACAAUGAAAACCGCUUCAACAGACCCACCAUCUCCUAUGUAAAGGCUGUACAUGUGUAUGCAUCAGUGAAGAUUUCCAUCCUCAAAGGUGGUACUGUGCAGCUGAAUGGGACCAACGUAAACCUGCCAGUGAGUCCAGCCACUGGUGUGUCUGUCUUCAAGUCCGGAAAGCACUACACGGUGUCCAUGAACUUUGGCGUGACAGUUCGUUAUGAUGGAAACCACUUCAUGGACAUCAAAGUGAUCAAAGACUAUAAAGACAAGCUGUGUGGACUGUGUGGAGAUUACGAUGGAAAUGCCAAAGACGACUUCCGUAAACCAGAUGGAUCAUUGACUGCUGAUGCCAAUGAAUUUGGACACAGCUGGAACACUGAUCUAGAGUGUAAUAAGAAACCCAACACCACCAUCCCUGAGUGUGAAGAAGACCAAGAAAUGUAUGAGAGCUCUGGAUAUUGUGGCAUCCUGCUGGACAAAAAGGGCCCCUUCGCUGUGUGCCACCCUAAAGUCAACCCAAAUAAUUACUUCAAGGACUGCGUCUUUGACCUGUGUGAGCUGGAUGGAGCUAAGCCCAUUCUGUGUGAAGCCAUAGAGGCCUACGUCAAUGAAUGCCAGGACCGCGGGGUUAAUAUCGGACCCUGGAGGAAUGAAACCUUCUGCCCCCUGAAAUGUGGCCCCAACAGCCACUAUGAGCCCUGUGCAGCCUGUCAGGAGACGUGUACUGGGAAACCUCCAUCCUGCAGCGGGCCCUGCUCUGAAGCCUGUGUUUGUGAUCCUGGCUACGUGCUGAGUGCCGGCAAGUGUGUCAAAAAGAAUUCAUGUGGCUGCACAUACACCAACGGCCAGUAUUAUGAGCCUGGAGAUGAGUUUUAUGUGGCCAACUGUAAGCUGAAGUGCAGAUGUGAUGCUCCCUUCAUUAUCUGUGAUGCUGCUGAUUGUCCCCCACUGCACGAGUGUAAACUCCAGGAGGGAGAGCUGGGCUGCUAUCCCACCAGAUUUUAUAAUGGUCACACCCAAACCUUCUACUCCAGGCCCCAACAACACCAAACCAUCCACCCCACGCCCCACAACACCAAAACCAUCUACUCCAGGCCCCACAACACCAAAACCAUCUACUCCAGGCCCCCAACAACACCAAAACCAUCUACUCCACCAAACCCUUGUCCUCCUAAUGCAGAGUAUAUAGACUGUGGUCCAGCUUGUAUCCCCACCUGUAUGGAACCCUCCACCACCAACUGCACUGGGUCCUGUAUCACUGGCUGCUUCUGCAAACCAGGCUAUGUCUUCAAGGGACGGCGCUGUGUUCCACUGGAGAAAUGUGGCUGUCUGGAUGAGCAUAAUAACUAUUAUGAGCCUGGCGAGAUUAUAUUUGGAGAUGGCUGCUCAAAGCUGUGUCGCUGUGCAGGGAACUACACUUUGGAAUGUGUUGAUAACUCCUGUGAACCCACUGAAGAAUGUCGCGAGGUCAAUGGUGUUGCAGGCUGCUAUCCUAAAGGUACAUCUACAUGCAUAGCGUCUGGUGAUCCCCACUACACAACCUUUGACAAACGCAAGUACAACUUCAUGGGGAACUGCAGCUAUCUGAUGUCUGGUCCCUGCAAUACAACCAAUCUGCCAUACUUCGAGGUCCAUGCCGACAAUGAAAACCGCUUCAACAGACCCACCAUCUCCUAUGUAAAGGCUGUACAUGUGUAUGUACAAUCAGUGAAGAUUUCCAUCCUCAAAGGUGGUACUGUGCAGCUGAAUGGGACCAACGUAAACCUGCCAGUGAGUCCAGCCACUGGUGUGUCUGUCUUCAAGUCCGGAAAGCACUACACGGUGUCCAUGAACUUUGGCGUGACAGUUCGUUAUGAUGGAAACCACUUCAUGGACAUCAAAGUGAUCAAAGACUAUAAAGACAAGCUGUGUGGACUGUGUGGAGAUUACGAUGGAAAUGCCAAGGACGACUUCCGUAAACCAGAUGGAUCAUUGACUACCGAUGCCAAUGAAUUUGGACACAGCUGGAGCACUGAUCCAGAGUGUAAUAAGAAACCCAACACCACAAUCCCUGGGUGUGAAGAAGACCAAGAAAUGUAUGAGGGCUCUGGAUACUGUGGCAUCUUGCUGGACAAAAAGGGCCCCUUCGCUGUGUGCCACCCUAAAGUCAACCCAAACAAUUACUUCAGGGACUGCGUCUUUGACCUGUGUGAGCUGGAUGGAGCCAAACCAAUUCUGUGCGAAGCCAUAGAGGCCUACGUCAAUGAAUGCCAGGACCGCGGGGUUAAUAGACCCUGGAGGAAUGAAACCUUCUGCCCCCUGAAAUGUGGCCCCAACAGCCACUAUGAGCCCUGUGCAGACCCCUGUCAGGAGACGUGUACUGGGAAACCUCCAUCCUGCAGCGGGCCCUGCUCUGAAGCCUGUGUUUGUGAUCCUGGCUACGUGCUGAGUGCCGGCAAGUGUGUCAAAAAGAAUUCAUGUGGCUGCACAUACACCAACGGCCAGUAUUAUGAGCCUGGAGAUGAGUUUUAUGUGGACAACUGUAAACUGAAGUGCAGAUGUGAUGCUCCCCUAAUUACCUGUGACGCUGCUGAUUGUCCCCCACUGCACGAGUGUAAACUCCAGGAGGGAGAGCUGGGCUGCUAUCCCACCAGCUCUCAGGACUGUGUGGUGUCUGGAGAUCCUCAUUACAACACAUUUGACAAGAAGUUCUACAGCUUCAUGGGGACAUGUACCUACACAUUGGCCAGAACCUGCAAGAACAACACAGGGCCGUGGUUCUCAGUGGAGGGGAAGAACGAGGAGAGAGGACUGUCAGGUUUGUCCUACCUGAGAAAACUCUACGUGACUGUGAACGGAAUCACUGUGACCCUGAUGAAAGCCAGGAGGACGCUGGUAAACGGACGGAGAGUGUCCCUCCCUCACUUCCCCUCUCCCCUCAUGUCUCUCAGUCUGGCCGGUCAGUUCAUCACCCUGCAGACGCCCUUCGGCCUGCAGGUGCGCUGGGAUGGAAACCAUUACGCCCAGAUCACAGUCCCCAGCUCCUACCGUGACCAGAUGUGCGGCCUCUGCGGAGACUACGACGGAAAGCCAGACAAUGACUUCACCAAACCAGAUGGUGUUCUGGUGGGAAACGUCAACGAUUUUGGGAACAGCUGGCAAACUGAGGAGGAUGAGGAUGACUCGUGUACCCCAGGCACCAAGCCUGACCCCGACUGUGACCCCAAACUUGAGGCUGAGGUCGUCAAACCAGACAAAUGUGGCAAAAUCAAAGACCCUGCCGGACCCUUCAAGGAGUGCAUCAGUGUGGUGAACCCCACUCCAUUCUUUAAGAGCUGUGUGUUUGACAUGUGUCAGUUCAACGGCACGCAGCAUGUUCUGUGUGACCAGCUGCAGGCCUACACCGACGCCUGCCAGAGCGCCGGAGCCAAAGUCCACCCGUGGAGAACCCAGAGCUUCUGCCCCCUGGACUGUCCUCCCAACAGCUCCUACACUCUGUGCGCCAGUUCCUGCCCGGAGACGUGUCUUGACGUGGUUGGUCCUCCCGGCUGUGAGGACGUGUGCGUGGAGGGUUGCGAGUGUAACCCGGGCUUCAUCCUCAGCAACGACAAGUGUGUGUCACUGAAGGACUGCGGCUGUGUGGACAGCAGUGGAGACUAUCACCCUGUGGAUGAUAGCUGGUACUUGGAGGGCUGUGAGCAGAAGUGUGUGUGUCACAGUGGAGGUUUGAUCCAGUGUCACAACAGCAGCUGUAAACCAGCCACCGAGAGCUGCCAGCUGCAAGACGGAGAAUAUGAGUGUCGCCCUCUGGGAAGUGGUAUCUGCUCAGUGUCUGGUGAUCCCCACUACACCACCUUUGACAAACACACCCACCACUACAUGGGCACCUGCUCCUACACCCUGACCAAACCCUGCAACGAGUCCUCCGGCAUGCCCUACUUCACCGUGGACACCCAGAACGAGCACAGGGGGAGCAAUAAGAAGGUUUCCUACGUCAGAGCUGUGGUGAUCAAUGUGAACGGUGUGACCAUCAUCCUCGGCAAGGGCCGCAAUGUCCAGGUCAAUGGCACAGUGGUUGUCCCACCUAUCACCUCCAUCAGCGGAGUUAAGAUCUUCUUCAGCGGCAAGUUUGUCGUCCUGGAAACAUCCUUCGGCCUCAGGGUGCGCUUCGAUGGCAACCACCAUGCUGACGUCACCUUGCCAUCCUCCUACAACGGCCUGCUCUGCGGCAUGUGUGGAAAUUUCAACGGAAACUCCAAAGACGACAACUUGAAACCAGACAACACACAGGCUGCUAACACCAAUGAACUGGGAGACAGCUGGCAGGUUCCUGACCCACGGCCUGACUGCUCCAACGGAGGAGGACAGGAAGACUGUGAUGAAAAGGUAGAGGAGGAGGCCAAGAAGCCCACCAGCUGUGGCAUGAUCACUGAUCCUAAUGGUAUCUUUAAGCCCUGCCACGCGGUCGUGCCCCCCGAGCCACACUUUGGAAACUGUGUGUACGACAUGUGUGCCACUGGAGGUCAGACCGUGGCUCUGUGCCAGGCCAUCGAGAGCUACGCCGACAUGUGUGCUGCCGCAGGAGUCUCCAUCACAUGGAGAAACAACACCUUCUGUCCUCUGAAGUGCCCCCCAGACAGUCACUACAACCCGUGCGGCCCUGCCUGCACCCAGCCCAGCUGUCAGGACCCCGCGGGCCCCGGCGGCUCCUGCAACCAGCCCUGUGUGGAGGGAUGCUUCUGCAACGAAGACUUUGUCCUCAGCGGAGAUAAAUGUGUGCCACUUAGCAAGUGUGGGUGCACCGAUGAGGACGGACACUACAGACCGGUGGGAGACUCUUGGUUCACAGAGACAGACUGCUCAGAGCGCUGCAGGUGUAACGGCAACAACAACAUCACCUGCGAGCCGUGGCAGUGCAGCCCUGCGCAGGAGUGUAAGGUUGUAGAGGGAGUACUGGACUGCCACUCCACAGGUAAAGGAGUGUGUCACGUGGCUGGAGAUCCUCACUAUUACACCUUUGAUGGUGUGAUGCACACGUUCAUGGGCACCUGCACUUACACUCUGGUAGAGGUGUGUAACGCCACCAAGGUAACUCCCUUCAGGAUAGUGGCUAAAAACGAGGAGCGUGGUCAACCAGAGGCCUCCUACGUCCGCUCUGUCAAAGUCUUCCUGCCUCAUGACAAUGUGGUUGAGCUGCAAAAGAGCCGCAGAGUUCUGCUGAACGGACGGCGGGUGCGAACCCCAGUUACAGUCGACACAUCCCGAACCAAGGUGAUAACCAGCGGAUCCUACAGCCUGCUGGACACAAGCUUUGGUCUGCAGGUGAAGUUUGACGGAGUUCAUCACCUGGAGAUCACCGUUCCUGGAGAAUACUUUAACAAGCUGUGUGGCAUGUGUGGAAACUACAACCACAACUCCUCCGAUGACUUUCUGAUGCCCAACAAGAAACCAGCCAAGGACGUGAUCGAGCUGGGCAACAGCUGGAAAUCAGAAGGAGACAGUGAUCCUGGCUGUCAGCCCGACACUCGUCCAGACAUCCACCCCAACUGCACGGCAGAAGAGGAGAAGCUGUUCGAGGCUCAGUGCGCCGAGGUCAUCCUCUCUGACCGCUUCAAGCCCUGCCACUCUCUGGUGCCCCCCGAGGCCUUCCUGGGUAACUGCAUCUACGACAUGUGCGAGUACAACGGCAUGCAGGCGACGCUGUGCGACAACGUGGAGGCGUACGCUCAGGCUUGUCAGAGCGCCGGAGUGACCAUCAGCUGGAGGAACAACACCUUCUGUCCCGUGCCCUGCCCCCCCAACAGCCACUACUCAGACUGCACCGCGCCCUGUCCCCCCACCUGCUCCGACCUCUUCCCCAUGUUCUGCCACCUUCCUCCCACCACCUGUGUGGAGGGCUGCCAGUGUGACGCCGGCUACGUCCUCAGUGACAGCAAGUGUGUUCGUCUGGAUAAAUGUGGCUGUCUGGACACAGAUGGAGAGUACCAUGAUGUGGGAGAUUCAUGGCUGACUGAUAAAUGUGCUGAGUCGUGUACCUGUAACCUCGGUGGCAAAAUCACAUGCAAGGACCACAGCUGUAAUUCCAACUCGGUGUGUGCCCUGGACAAAUAUGGAGACCUGUACUGCAAACCAGCCAAGUUCAACAAGUGCAGCAUCUCUGGGGAUCCUCACUACCGAACAUUCGACGGAUUCACCCAUCACUUCCAGGGUCCCUACACCUACAUCCUGGCUCAGGGCCACAACCUUCAGAACUCCCUGACUCCCCUGGUGGUGCGGGGCAAGAACAUCAGGCGUGGGGGGAACAGGAGGGUGUCGUUCCUGGAUCAGAUGUACAUCGAUGUUUACGGCGUCAACGUUCGCUUCCUGCAUAAGAAGACCAUCCUGGUGAAUGGGGAGCGUGUUGCAGCUCCUCUCAGUCCCGUUGAUGGUUUGACUAUCACAAGGAACUCCAGGGAGGUCCAGCUCACCACUGACUUUGGACUCACUGUGCGCUUUGAUGGCAACAUGCGCGGAGAAAUCAUCCUGCCCAGUACCUAUAAGAACUCUGUCAGAGGGCUGUGUGGAAACUAUGACGGCCUCACCAGAAAUGAGUAUAUGAAGCCGGAUGGCACCGUGGUCAGGGACUUGAACAAGUUUGGAGAAAGCUGGAGGGUCAGUGACCGACAGGCUGAUGGACUGAAGAUCUCCAACCUUCCUCACACAGUCUACAGGCGAGAGGUGGAGACUGAUCUGGAUUCAGGAUUCGAGACAUCUGACUGCUCUAAGUCUCAGCUCAAUGACUACAACAGUGUGAGUCAGUGUGGAGCCAUUUCUGACUCCAAGGGGCCGUUUGCUGCCUGCCAUGCUACCGUGCCACAUAAAUCCUACCAGGAUGACUGUGUGUUUGACCUGUGUGCUGAGGAUGGCAGCACAGCGCUGCGUUGUGCCAGUUACGAGGCGUACACUGCAGCCUGUCAAGAAGCUGGAGUGAAACUGGGGUCCUGGAGGCAGCAGCUGGGUUGUGUCCUCUCCUGUGGUGCCAACAGCACCUACUCCCCCUGCAUGUCACCUUGCCCCGCCUCCUGCGCCGACCUGGCAGCCCCCUCCGAGUGUGACACCACUUCCUGCCAGGAGGGGUGCCAGUGUGCCGCCGGCUUCGUCAUGAGCGAGGGAAACUGUGUGCCAUACACACAGUGCGGCUGCACCUUCCUCAACAGAUACUACACUCUAAAGGAGAAGUUUGUGACUGAGGACUGUUCUGAGGAUUGUGAAUGCACCAGCACGGGCGCCGUGUGCCAGCCCAAGACCUGCCAGGCCGGACACGUCUGCACCAUCUAUGACUUCAAACGGGACUGCUUCAAAGCGAGUCCCUGCCUCAGUUCCCCAUGUCUCCAUGGGGGAACAUGUGUGGAGGCCACCAACACCACCUACACCUGUCAGUGUGCAGAGGGCUACGAGGGCACAAACUGCGAGGUGGAGAUAACAGAAAAAGAAGGACUGGAAACAAAGUGGGUUAUCCUAAUCGCCGUCCUGGUCGCGGUUGUUGUCGUCAUCAUUGUGACCGCCAUCUCUUGUGCUUGCAGCAAAAAAUCUAAGAAAAAGAAGAGCGAAGAGAAGAAAUUCAGCAUGAAAUCGACAAGUAAGAACAGUCGUUAUCGUUCAUGGUGUCCCAUAUACAAACAUUAA